UGCUCCAGACAAAGCUGACGAUGUCAGGCACUGGAGAACUUUUAAAAGUGGCUGGUGAUUUUGGACCAUUUCAGAAAUGGCUGGUUGUGCUAACCUCCCUUCCGUGCCUCAGUGUAUCUUUCCACCAGUUUUGCCAACUUUUUAUGGUCCCAGAUGUGCCUCAUCACUGCGAUACCAGCUGGAUCCAGGCAGUUGGCCCCAACCUGACUGAGGACGAGCAGCUGAACCUCACUGUCCCCCGGGAUGCAAAUGGGGCGUAUGAGCAGUGCUCCAUGUAUUCACCUGUGGACUGGGACCUCAACUCCAUCAUGGUUUAUGGCCUGAAUGCCACACAGAAGUGCAGCAACGGCUGGGUAUAUCCUGCAGACCAUGAGGUGACUCUGGUCACUCAGUUUGACCUUGUGUGCGACAGGAAGGAUCUGAAUGACAUCUCCCAGGCUGUUUACAUGCUGGGGCUUCUCCUGGGAGCCAUGAUCUUUGGGCCGCUGAGUGACAGGAUGGGUCGCCGGCCUGUCAUUCUGAUCUCCAUCCUCAUCCAGGGUUUAUUUGGUGUUGGAAUUGCCUUUGUGCCGCAUUUCUAUGUAUACAUGGCCUUCAGGUGUGUCGUGGGAGCUUCUGUGUCAGGGAUAACCAUGACGAUAUUGGCCUUAGCUACAGAAUGGGUUGGUGUCUCCUACCGGCCCCACGCAGUGCUUAUUUCUCACUGCUGUUUUGCCAUCGGACAGAUGCUUUUGGCUGGCUUGAGUUAUGGUAUUCGCAACUGGAGACUGUUAGAGAUUGCAGGAUCUGUUCCAAUAUUUGCCCUUUUCUUCUACUUCUGGGUCCUACCAGAAUCGGCUCGAUGGCUGAUGACAAAAGGGAGAGUCGAAGAAGCUAAGAAGGUCCUUCAGAAGGCAGCAUCCAUCAACAAGCGCACCAUCCCGCCAGGGCUCCUUGAGCAGCUGAAGCCUGAGCAAGAGGCUAAGCCUGGGAGUACUACAGAUCUUUUCCGGAAGAAGCACCUCCGCAAGGUGACUUUAAUCAUGUCGUUCGCCUGGUUUGUGAAUAGCCUUGUCUACUAUGGGCUCAGUCUGAACGUGACGAACUUUGGGCUGGACAUCUACCUGACGCAACUUGCCUUUGGAGCAGUGGAAAUCCCAGCUCGUGCCUCUUGUAUCUUGUUGCUUCAGUGGUUUGGGAGGAAGAAAUCCCAGGGUGUUCUCCUGCUGCUGGGUGGUCUGAUGUGUCUGAUCAUCACUGGCAUCCCCGAAGAUCUGCCUGUGGUGAUCACCGUCCUGGCCAUAAUUGGGAAGUUUGCCACCUCAGCCUCCUUCUCCACCUCUUAUGUGUACACGGCAGAGCUGUUCCCCACCGUUGUCAGGCAGACCGGCGUGGGGCUGUGCUCAAUGUCAGCCCGGCCGGCGGGGGGGCCCUGUGAAAAUGCCAACAGCAGCUCUGAAAAUGGACACGUAAAAGUAAAUGGCGGUGGCCAAGACAAAGAGCACACAGAGACCACAUACUUCUAG